AUGUCUAGAAAUUUUCAUAAAGUUGUUGAAUCUCAAUUGAUAAACUUUUCGCCUGUAAGAGAAAAUCAUGAUGUUGAAUUAAAUAAUUCUACAGAAGACAGAAAGAAUUUAUGGUCACAAAAAUCUACUGGUAAAGAUAUUAAUUCAAAAUGGCAAGGUAUACGACCAGUACCAGAUGAUUUGAUUUCAGAAGAUAAUACAAAUUAUAUACUUUAUAAUUUGACUGUCGAAGAAAUUAAAGAUGAAUUCAAUAUCGCCAAACCUAUAGAAGAAAUUUUAGAAAAAAAAAAUGAAAUGCUAAAUAAUAGCAAUAAUAUAGAUCGUUAUAAUAAAAUUUAUAAUGUUAGUUUAAAAUCCCUUUGUAUAGAUUUAGCUGUAAACUUACAAUUUGUAAAUAAUAAAAAUUUAUCACCUUAUGAUUUAAAAAGAGAAAGCAUAUCAUUUGCCGCUAAAUAUUUAAAAGAUGAAGAAGACAAAAAAGGGGAAAGCUCUCAUGCAAUUAAUGAAGAAGAAGAAAAAAAAAAGGAAACAUUGAUAAGAAUUUUUGAUGUUUCUGAAUCUGAUUUAAAAAUUUUAAAUCAAGCAGAGUUUUCAGUCCAUAGAUAUUAUAUGGAUUUAAAAGAAAAUCUCAAGCAUCAAUCAACACAAUUUAAAAGUGACAAUUUGAUUAAUGGGAUCACACCACUUGCCAACAAAAUUGCUGAUAAAUUACAAAGUCACUGGCCCAGUUUGUAUCAAAAGUUGGCAUCAAAUGUUUUUCCCGAACAGGUGAAAAAACUGUUCAAUACAUUUACCAUGUUAGUUAUCAACUUCAACACACUAACAGAUCUUCAUCAUGAUAUUAAGGAUCUUGAUAAUAGUUUGUGUGUGGUUGUACCCUUGGGUGAAUUUGAGGGAGGCGAACUAGUGUUUCCAGAAAUAAACCUAGUGGUAGAAUUGAAGUGA